AGGUACCUGAUCCCUCAUCCACAAUGAGCUUGAACUACUUGAGCUUAAGCAACCUCUUCAUGAGGUACCCUGAGAUCAUCUUAUCCCUUGCUUCUUUCCUCUUGAUUUACAUCCUCCGAUGCUCGUACCGGAGCUCCGGCUAUGCGAUCCCGACAAACUGGCCGCUCAUCGGCAUGCUCCCAAGCCUUGCUGUUAACACCGAAAACUUCAACAGCUGGGUGGCCGCGGUCCUGAGGGAAGCUGGCGGCAACUUCCUCUUCAAAGGCCCGUGGUUCACCGGCAUGGACGCCUUCACCACAUGCGACCCCGCCAACGUCAACCACAUCUUCAGCUCCAACUUCCGGAACUACCCCAAAGGUCAAGAAUUCUCCGAGGUGCUCGACACUCUAGGCGACGGCAUCAGUGCCUCUGACGGAGACUCAUGGGCAUUUCAGCGGAGAAUCGGGAUCUCUCUGAUGAGCUCGACCAAGUUCCGGUCAUCUAUGAGGGCGGCUAGCUUUAAAAAAGUGACUGAGGGACUCCUUCCGCUGCUUGACUGGAUAGCUGAUGGAAAUCGCGUGGUUAACUUGUGCGACGUGCUGAUGAGGUUCUCGUUCGAUCUAUCGUUGGUUAUGGUUCUUGGUGUUGAUCCGGGAUACCUUGCUCCUGAUCUUCGGGUUAUUCCGUUUGCGACAGCUAUGGUAGAGAUGGAGAAUGUCAGUUUUCGUCGAUUCACGACGCCCAGAUUCUGGUGGAAGCUGAAGAGGAGGUUUGGCCUCGGGGAGGAGAGGAUUCUCCCUCCAGCUCAAAAGAUCGUCGAUGACUUCUUGGCUCAACGCAUUGAAAAGAAGAGAGAGGAGAGCAAAACUAGCAGUGGAGGCGAAGAUGUCGAUCUGCUGAGUUUAUUGGUGGGGAUCUGUGGACAAGAUAACGCGAUAUCCGACGAGUUCCUCCGCGACAUCCUGCUCAGCUUUAUACUUGCAAGCAAAGACAAUGCGGGUAUCGUGCUCGGCUGGUUCUUCUGGUUGGUUUCGUUGAACCCCCGAGUUGAGAAGAAGAUCCUAGAUGAACUUCGAUGGUCUAAACCAUCCUCAAACAACUCGAAGGUUUUGAUCUACGAGUCGUUGAGACUGUACCCGCCAGUGCCGUACAACAUCAAGCUCGCUUUAGAGGACGACGUGUUGCCAAGCGGACACAAGGUCAACGCCGGUCAACAUGUGUUUAUAUCGACGUAUGCGAUUGCAAGGAUGGAGGGGGUUUGGGGAAAAGAUUGCUUGGAGUUUAGACCGGAGCGAUGGAUCGAUGGGAGGACGGGGAGGUUGAGGUUUGAGCCGUCGUGCAAGUUCUUGAGUUUUCACUGUGGGCCGAGGUCUUGCGUCGGGAAGAACAUGGCGUUGGUCUCGAUAAAGAUGGCAGCGGCCGCCUUGAUGUACAACUUCGAGGUGGAGGUGGAGGAGGGGCAUGUGGUCGAGCCGAGCCUCUCCAUCCUCCUGCUGAUGAAGAAUGGGCUGAGGGUUAGGCUUAAGAAGAGGUCAUGGAUCACUGCAUAGUUUCUCCGUUGCUGUUCGUGUGUGCGUGCGAAAUAAUGAUGGGUUUAGUGUUUCUGAACCUUGGGAUGCUGCCCGUACAUCAAAUUACAGAAGCUGCUGUAUGUUACAUGCUAAUGUUUUAUCAUGUGUCAAUGUUUGUUCUAAAAUAAUUGUACGUGUUGAUUUUUCUUUUUGA